UGUCGCUGAAACCGAAGCAGCAGCGAAUGAGCAAACUGUUGAGUACAUGGUGAAUCUCCACAUGGAGUAAUUAACAGGCAAAAAAGCGAAAGGGAAACAAAUGUUUACCAUGAUAGAUUGUGGCAGACACGGAAAGAGAAGGAAAGGAAGAAGAUUACAGUAGACUUAACCUCCAUCUGAGAUAAUAAACGAACAGACAAAGAGCUUUUUUACGCUCUGUCCAGCCGCAGCAAUGAUGAAUAACCUGAUAGAUGCGCAUUGGUUUCCGUUGGCGUCGCAGGGUAAUGUUUACUCGAUGACCAAACUAUGCUCCCCGAAUGGUUCUAACAAACUCUUGGUGGCUUCUCUGAAAAGGAAGAUAUAUUCCUGCGAGUAUCACCUGAUGCUGGAUUUGAACUUGAGGCCUAUGGUGAAGGAACUGCUUUUCACGUACAUCCCCAGUGGCGCGGAAAUUAUUUCCAUCGACGCUUACAAUAAGUCAGACACCGCAGAUAGCUUCGUGAUAGGAAUAACAAUUAUUAAAACUGGUUCCGACACAAUCGAGAGAUAUUUGAACAUAUAUACAGAAGGUGCGGCAGAUGGUGAAGGAGACGAAGGUACUUCGGUCGAAGCCAUAGCUCAAAACUGUCUUAUGGUAGAACUGUCUUACACUCCUUACCAUCUGUAUCACACCAUUUUACCACAACAAAAUUCCGCACACGAGGUAGUCUGGUUGAUAUCUGGCAGUGACUAUAAGAUACAUAUGAUAAGGGAGGACAAGUUGAGCCAUGGUUACAGUGAGUCUCCCAUUGAGAAAUAUUUUCCCGAGCUACAUGACAUUCAAGCCAUUGCCUUGUGGAUUAAUAUUUAUUAUUACAGUGAUUACAAAUGGAGAAUUACUGCUAUCGGCUGUGAAUGUGGUCUAGUCAAAGUUGCUGUGGUAAAUGUGACGGACCUGCAAGUCCCUCAAAGUUGGUUGCUAAGAUAUGAUCAACCUGUGCCCAAUGUGACGGUAUUUCCACAUCAUAAUGCUGUCACCAAACCAGCCUUCGUAAAUACCAAUUUUUUAGCCCAAAAAUGUAUGGAGCAGAAUGUACCAAAAUUGAAUGUUGUUGUUUCAAGUACGAGUCAUUCUAUUGUCUUCGAGGAUAUAUUAGAACAUGGAAUGAAACAGGACGUGAUAUUGACUGGUAGCGAAUCAUCAGAUUGUAUCCUGUGUUGUUGCAUAGCCGACAUAAAUAUGGACGGUCGGAAUGAGAUAUUGCUUGGCACUUAUAAUCAGGAAGUUUUGAUCUAUGCACUGGUGAACGAUACAUGGGAAUUAACCGUUAGAAAGCUAUUCGACGCUCCUGUACAUUCCAUAAGCUAUAUGGAUAUAACAAAUGACGGACUGAAGGAACUGAUUGUACUUACGCAACGUGGUGUACACGUAUUGCAGCAUAAUAUAAUGGAUACACGAACAAAAUGGAAAGAUUGUUUAAGAAAAUUACUUAAUACGUCGUAAAAGGAAAAUUACAACAUUUCUAACGAAGGUAAUUUAUAUAUACAGAGUGUUCCAGAACUCCCAUACAGGGAGUGGAAAAGGUAAUAUAUGAUAUUUAAAGCUUUUGUGGUAUGCAAUAAUGUUUGUUUUAAUUUCUGGGUUGAAGGCGCG